CACCAAUACAUCACCAAGAAGUAGUCAAAGAAAAAAUGACAAAAAUUCUUUUAACUUUGUUUUCUCUAGCUUUGGUUUUAGGCCAAACAUAUGGAAAUAUUCAAUGUGGUACUGAUGUUAUACCAAAAGUAAUGUCUUGUGGAGGUUUUAUAUUAGGUGAUGAUGCAAAACCUAGUCAAGCUUGUUGUGUUGGAUUGCAAGAUUUGGCUAAAACAGCUGCUGCCUCACAAACAGACCGCAAAGACAUUUGCUUGUGUUUCAAAGCUGCAAUGCAAGGUGCCAAAGUGAAAUAUGAUAAAGCUAAACAACUUCCUGAUCUAUGUCACUUCACUCCAUUUAUGCCAUUGGAACCUAAUCCUGAUUGCUCUAAGGUUAUUUAAAGAAGUAGAAGGAAAAGCAUACACAAUGUAGAAGAGAUGUAGUCUUCUAAAAGAAUGGCGAUCCAUGUUUUUCAAUAAAAUGUUGUCAAUUUAAUUUACUGAAAAAAUUGUCAAUCUCUAUUUUUAAUUAUAUAAAUGAUAGAAAAUCACCUUUAAAAAAUUAUGUAGUCUUGCUAUGUACUCUUAUGAGCAGCUCUUGUAGUAGACAUGUCAAUGAAUGGUCUUUUUUUUAAUAA